AUGCGUUCGCGCGGUGUUACAUCCGCGGUGGCCCGCGGCGCGGAUCACGUCGUUCCGCCCGCGCCGGUUGUUGUGGCCGUCGGUCGCUCCCGCGCGGACGGCGACCGCUCGUGUACGCUGCGGCCGGCGCGGCUGCUGGUGGCGCCCCCGCGCGCUCGCGGUAGUCCGACCCCCGGACCCUGCCAGCGGCGCGCGGUGUCUAGCGCCACGUGGAGCUUACGCGGUUGCCGGCGCCGGUCGCGGUGCGUGGCUACAGAGGGCCGCGCUCGCACACGAUUGUGCCCGCGGGCCCCCCGGAGCGCGCGAACCCCGCCGGCCCAUGGCGCGGGGCACCGCGCCGGGUCCGCGGCGGGAACGGUCGCGCGGUCUCCGCGCGGGUUCCGCCGCCGGCCGCGGGUCCUCGCCGUCGCCGCACGUCCGCCGCGACCGCCCGCGCCUCGCGGUUUAAGCGGCGCAGAGUCCGGCGCGCGCGGGCGCGGGCCGCGACGCGCCGCCCACGCGCACCCAGAGCGGCGCGCUGAGCCGGCUGCCACUGCGGCGCGGCGGUUUCGCGACUACGCGCGGGUGCGCGCGCGACGGGUCGCCGCGGCGCGUACUCCCCGCGGGCACAGACGCGGGCCGCGAUCCAGCGCAGGCCACCGCGGUACCGUCCGCGGUGCGGCGGCCGCGCGGACCGCGCCCCCUCGCUGCGCCCGCCGAAGCGCGGCAGUCCGCGCCCCCCACGGCCCCGUGCGGCGCGCGGUGCCCCGCCAGCGGCACGCCGGGCGCGGGCCGUCGCACGACGCCGCGAACGCGUCCGUCACGCGACACAGUGCGCGCGGUGUUGAGCGGCCGAGCGGUCCCGACGGGAUCCCUUGCCCGUCGUGGCGGUUUCCGCGACAGCGCGUGCGACGGUGUGCGCCGCGGAGGUACGCGCGGUUCACGCACCCACGUACACGUAGUACGCCCGGCCACGGACGCCGGCCCCGGCACAGAUCCGUGACCCAUCGCGGCCCGCCCCUCGCGGCACACCGCGGUGUUGUACGCCCCGUCCCCUCCGGCGAUCACGCCGCACGUCCCAGCGGCGCCCGCCGCGUGCGCCUCGCGGUGUGUCGCCGUGCGCACGCGGCCCCGGCUGCGACGAUGGCACCUCCGCGAGCCAUCGGACAGCGAGCGCGGUCCGGGCAGGACGACGGACGGUGCGCGCGCGUCGCGCCAGCGCGGGCGCGCGGUGCCGCGCCGUGCGCGAGGUGA